UCUAGCGUUCUAAAUAUUUUGCAUGGUGUCUUUCAACUUAUUGGGGGAUUUUGUUUCGCUUCUUCCAUUUUUUUUUUGAAUUUAAGGGGAGGGAUAACUUGUGGGCCGAGGAUGGAAGAGGGGUACAUGGCAACUAGAGGAUACAACAUGGGUCCUGACAUGGCCAGAGAGUGGCUAAGGUGGUUCAUGUACGGAUGUACCAGCCUGGAAUUUUUCAUUAGCUAGUCAAUAUACUCCCGUAUGGUUCAGUAAAAAGAAUACAGUCCUCACACAAGUACAGUUGUCCCGCACCUAGAUCGGAAGCGGAUGGCGUCCAACAGGCACUACCGCACGGCGGAGAUAGGAACCAUCAGCGUUAAUCAAGUUCAGGUUCUUCUUGUGUGUGGACCAAAUUGCCCCUGGUUCAGUACUUGCCAGGCACAGAAGAGAAUCCAUGGCUUCUUCGCUGUGAGCCUCCACCUCGUCCGCACGCUGUGUCGCAGACAGACCACGUCCGCCGUCCGCGCUCAUUCGCGACGAGCCACCGUGACGCCCAGUGGAAGCGGGGUAGGGUUUGUAUGGUUUGGGGUUUCCCUCCGCAUUAUGCAGUGUUGCGUUGCAUACAGCUGGGGCAGUUGAUUAGCACAAGGGAGAUCUGUCCUACGUAUAGUCCCCCGCACAAGGGGGAUCGGUCCUUUUAUCUGGUCGUCGUCCCUAGCAUAGUAGGCGGAUUUGGUCGGUGCAAUAACAUCUCAACGUCUGCUAUUAUGUGUUAAGUAGCCAUUGCCGGCGAAUCAGCUAGUAGGAUGGAAAGCGAAUCAGACCGGAUCGACUGUGCAGGCGCCACAUCCAGGUGCUCCUGCAAGCUGGUCUACAAGGUCAUCAGUGAUUUCUCGGAGCAAAAGAAGGAACUCGUUCGCGAGAUGAGAUUUGGAGGAAUACUUGAUUUCCCGUCACUAAGCAAUCUGAAUCUUAAGUUCUCUGCCUGGCUUCUCACUAGACUGGACCACGAGAGGGGGGCUAUAUUGUGCGACCACGGGAAGGAGCUUAUAUUCAGAGACAUUGACGUUCAAGGCGUCAUCGGUGUGCCAUGUGGAGGAAAGCCUAUUGUCCAGUCUAGCGCAGAAAAAUCUGUAGAAGCUCUAACCGUGGUCCGCAAAAGACUUGGUGCCAACACCAGAAAGGACUGCAGGAGUUUAAAGGCUGCACAAACAAUACUUGCGCAAACAAACAAUUUUUAUUUUGGAACCGUUUAUUCUCAUAAACUUUGUCCUAUCAGUUCACUGUAUACCUGGAAGAGUUAUACAAGAACAGCGUGUCUGGAUCGGCGUCAGGGGUUGCUGGUUCAGCAGGUUCAAGGACACCUGAUGGCGGGAGCUGCGGCAACAACGACGAGAAUAAGAAGUCACCAAAUGACCGUGUCAACUCUGAGGCCGAGCUAGCAAGAGUAGCCAUGCAUGGAGGCUGUUUUCGCAAAACAGCGCGAAGAAAUGGCAAAUUUGCUUGAAAGUCACUGCAACGACAUACUUGCUAGCGCUAAAUUAUAUUGUAACGUCAGGGAGGUUUUAGACAAAGGACCAAGCCGUACGGACAAAGGGAUGUUCAACGAGUACGAGCACCAUGGAAGCUCCAUUCCUGCGGGAGAUGAUGUUUUAGCUACACCACCAGCUCAAACCAGACCUGAAGCUGUUGUCUUGAACAGAGGUGACUCCAGAGCACACAGAGACACUGCCAUGAUGUUAGAUGGUGAGAUUGCUGUACAGCACAAAACAGUGAACGCGAAUAACAAUAUAUCUGCUACUCAAGAUCAUGCUGUUCCUGUCAUCAUGGACAAUACAAUGGUUGCCAACCCGAAUAUCGAGACGUCAGGUGUUCCUGCAAACGUGCGGACGGAAGAAUUAGCUUAUGCAACGGUGCCAGUGCAAAGACGUAGUGCUGUCCUACAGCGUCUGUCGAACAACAAUUCACCAGCAAACCCUCGAGGAUCAAUUGUGAUUACUCUACCUAACAACAUAUGUGAUCAAGUGGAUUCCAUGUACGCGUUUGUUUACAUGCACGCGGCAGCUCAGCAGCUUAACAAGGUUUGGAUCAACAUCCCUGUGCCUGGUGAGCCCUCCAUAGAACUCACGGGGCUCAAGUUCAGGGCUGCUGUGAUAGGGCGAGAAGACUAUGACGUGGACAUGAUGAAAGCGACAACAGCUUUGCUCAAUGAGUUGGAGAACAAAGCAAGCAGCCAAUUCUACAGUAGAGAAGGCACUUCCUGCCUCCAAAUUGGGCUGAUGUGUGUUCAUCCUACGGAUGGAACCCACCAGUCAGGGCUAUUGCGCACAUGUUCAUGGGUGUGGGCGUCACCUAUGACGUUGCAUCUUGCGACUCGGUGAUAACUUUCUCACGCGAGCAUGGAGCAGACAAUUGGAGUUGCUAUGUGUUUGAUCUCACCAGGUCGUCUGUGAAUUUUUACGACCCAUGCAUUCAGGGAGGACAGAUGGCAUCCUUGUUCAUGAAACACGGCCCUAAAGCAUCCAGGAUGAUGUGGUGCCUCAUACACUGCAUGCGGCUAGUACUUGGAUCAAACAUGGCAGAUGUGCACAGCAUAAACAUUAUUCCGCACACCCCGAAUCCAUGCAGGAGGUUGUACGUCUAAUGAAACGGUGUAUGUUUCCACGUUAGGAUGAAACAACUGUUCUAUAGCGUAGGCUAAUCAAAAACACGUGUUUGGCGGGAUUGACAGCGCGGUUUGCUGCGGUUUCGCGGCAAUGGGGAUUAACGUGCAGGGGAUGAAUCCAGACGGUGGGAUGGUGCAAGCACCUUUGGUUCUGAGCGGACGGGAUGAGGUCAACAAGGGACGGAAGGAGUUGUGCUACUCCUUGAUGACCAUGAAUAGUAAUAUCUUCAGGAUGAGGGACCAUCAGGCACAUUAGGAUGCGCGUGGCAUGGGAUGCUGCCACAAGUUUUAUCCUUUGGAACUUCAAGGUCUAUGGAUGUUUUAUGUUUUUGUGAUGAUAAUGGUCUGAAUCUUUGCGGUGUGACUAGGCCAACUAGUUUCAUCCUAUGCUUUAAGCAAGUUGUAGCUUGCUGUUCAACUUAUGAAUAGGUUCGUUAUGUUUGCUUGGCAGCAAACUAGUAUGUUCAAGGCUUAUAUCCUCGUCCAGCUUGAGAUGUAAGCACUAGACAAUGUGACGAUUGUAUGUUGUUAAACCGUUAUCGGUCGUGUUCCGAUGGAAAAAUUGGUCUGACAU